AUGUCGCAAUUACUACCAGACUUUGCUCCCAUCGAAGUACUCGCUGCACAGGUGUCUGACUCCUGGUUUAACGGAGUCAUCAUCGAGUCCCUAACACACGGGAUGUACACGGCUUUGCUCGCUGUCGUAUUAUGGCGGAUAUUGUCGAGUAGCACUUCCCAUAGGGGCCAAACGAAGGUCCUUGCUGGGAUCUCGGUGUUCAUGUACAUCAUGGCUACGAUGCACCUCUCUGUGAGGUGGUUCUAUGCUAGGCGGGCGUUCAUCACCAAAGGAGAGACCGAGGAAACAAGGUUUUAUGCCCUUAUAGACUCUCUGAUUGCUGGUGGUCCGUUAUGGGUCCCGACCAUCAGUAGCGUCGUCGCGAGCAUCAAUAUAUUGAUCGCGGAUUGUGUCAUUGUAACGUCUCUCGCCCGCCAUACUUUAGGCGCUGUAGUGAUAUUCGGAUUUAGAUUUGGAGGUGCUGGAUUAUCUGGCAAAGGAACUGGAGGAUCAUCGUCCUUCCUUCCAUAUGCUCGCUAUGUGGAACAAGAGUUGACGCCGUUGACCAAUCCACAAGGAAAACCUGUGACUCCCUGGGGGAGUAACUCCAUCAACUGGGGGAUAGCAUAUUAUAGUAUGACGCUUUCAACGACGGUUAUCUGUACGGCUCUGAUUGUAUUCCGGCUGACCCGAGCGAGCAGAACAGGGAAAUCUCUACGUUUCGGGCCGGAUCCGUACCACAAAGUCAUGGAGAUCAUGGUAGAAUCUGCUGCAUUAUAUGUCGUUGCACUGGCAGUGUACAUUCCGUUCAUCGCGACGAAUAGUCCGUAUAGCAAUUAUCCACAGGUGGUUCUUGCUUCGGUUACCGUGAGUUAG